AUGAGUCCUCAAUGGAUACCCCAGAAUAUCCAAAAGCGAUUACUACUAUAUGUACUACAGCAACUAUCAUUGUUUUCAGAAAUAGAUUUGCCUAAUCUUGAAGAAGUAUCGUUGAAUAAUAUCAUCUUACGUAAUGUAUUAAUAGAUCCUGAAAAAGUUGGAAAACUACCUGGUUGUAAUUUAAGAUUUGGUCAAGUUGGAAGUCUUGAAUUGAAUACUCAAUCAGGUGGAGGUAUAAUCGGAAGUGGUGGAGUCAAUAUAGAUGCCAGAGAUGUUGAAUUGGUGAUAUCUCCAGAUUUCGAUAUAGAUGAGAAUAUAAGUAAGGAAGUUCAGUUUUCUUUAGCUCAAUCGACAGCUGAUUUAGCAAAUACCAUAAUAUUAGACGAAGAUGCUGAUGCUGAUGAUACUGAUGAUGAAAUCAUACCUCCUGAAACUCCAAGCCUAUCUCGUUCUAACUCAAAUUCGUCUACAUUCUCUACUUCAUUCAAUAAACCAUCUGCAUUAAGUAGUGUAAUGUCCAAAGCUGUGGAUAUGGCAUUACUGAGAUUACAAGUCAAAAUAACAAAUUUAAAUAUCAAAGUGGUUUCGGAAUUAACUGAUCUUUGCUUUAAAGUUGAAGAAGUUCUCAUCAAUACCACUGAUGGUACUAGAAAUGUUAAGGUUUCUGGAGUUGAGCUUAUUACCCUAAAACCAAAUGUAAAUCCAGGUGAAGGUGAUCAUGAUGAAAAGUCCAAUCCUCAACACGAUGAGAAAGAUGUAAGUGAUGAAGAUGAAGAUAAUGAAGACGGAAAUGAUUACGGUGAUGAGUCAUUGAUGGAUAGCAUGGUAUUCACACAUGAAGAAGCUAGUUCAAUUUAUUUAAGUGCUACCUCUCAAUCAUUUGCAAAAUCUGGAACCAUAGGUGAGGAUGCUAAGAACUCUCCCUCCCCAAAGGAGCAUCCAGUUGUAUUUCAUAUGGAUUCUUGUCACGUUUCUUUCGAAGGUUUAACAAACAUAUCAGAUUUAGUCGUCGAUGUUGGUCACAUAAAAGUUGCUUGUAUACCGUUGACACCUACUAUAAUUUCAAUUUUUAAUGGAAUCACUAGAAGUAUUAAGCUUAAGAAUUUACAAAAGAGAAAACAAGAUUCCACAAGAAAGCAACAACAAAAUUCAAGAUUCCCUCAAUAUACUACUAAUGACGAUGAUGAUGUUCCUGUUGAUGAUGAGAAUUCAACUAAUAAAAAUGACGAAAAUGGCGAUGCCUUUUUUAAUAAGCUUCAUGUAAAUGAAAUUACAGUCAGUGCUACCGCUGCUUUGGAUAGUAAAGGAAACUUCACUUGUCCUGAUAAGGGUAUAAACUUUGUAUUUCAUAACUUAAAUAUCAAACAAAAGAAUGAGCUGUUGAUAUAUGGAGGAGUUGAGUUUUUUAGAAUACAUCAAUAUCUAAAUAAUCAAUGGGUUGAUUUGUUUUACUUUGAACCACCUAAGAAUCCAGAAACUAGUACCUCAUCGCUAAACUCCCCAGCACCAGCCAGAGCUAUGUCUCCACUGAGUAUUCUGUCGGCGUCAUCGGUGGCAUCCAAAGCUUCGAUCAGAGCAGAUAUAAGAUUUGAAAUAUUUAAGAAGUUGGAUGAAGGAUUUUAUAAUGUUGAAAAUACAGCUUUAUUUUCUAAGACCGCUAUAUUCAAUUUAGACCUAUCGAGUAUUCUAAUUUUGACAAACUUUGGAAUUGCUAUUUCUUCAAUCCAGGAUAGCUUCAAACAAUUGCUAUCAACUAUAGAAUCCAUCAACAUCAGUAAUAGUUCUUCAAAUAAGACAGAAAAGUCAUCUAGAUUGAAAUCAGAAGAAAUACCGACAAGACAUCAGUUUAUAUUACAAACAGCACCUAUUAUACUUAAUGCGAAGUUCAGUGAUGAUCUCUUCCUUAAACUUCUUGCAUUCCCAAUAUCAUUCAACUUAUUAAAGGCCCAUCUACUGUUAUCAAAGAUUGUAAUUACCCAAGUCUUUCCAACCAGAUCUGAAGAAACCAUUGUUACAAUCACUGAUGUAUCGCUCAUAACUAAGCUUCAGGAAUUUAAAUCAUUUAUUAAUAGGUCAGAUAACUCAAUCCCUAGAGAAAUUAGUCUUAACUCAGAGUUGAGUCUAAUUGUAGAAAAGAUCUUGAUUAAUCUAAGGUUGGAUCAAUUAAAAUCAAUGAUAAAGCAAUUCACUUCGUUGUAUCAAUCGUUCCAAGACUUGUCUUCUAGUCAAUCAAAUUCAUUGGAAAACUCAUUCAUUGAUAUCAGACUUCGCAAGCCAACUAGUAGGUUAGAUAGUUCUUUACUACAAUCGGUGCUUAUGUCCAAUACUUCAAGGAAUCCAAGAAGAGGUUUUAGCAAUAAUAGGUCACUUGGAUCAAGCUUUAUUGCAUCUAGUUCUAGAUCAAAACAUGCAUCCAUCAGAUUAUUUAUUAAGAAUUUAGAAUUCAACCUAUUGGAAGUAAUGCCAAAGCUUGGAAACUUCAAAGUGAACUUGGAUCAAGUCUUAUUCUACCAAUUAAAAGAAGAUUUUCAAGGGUCUAUACUUUCAUUGGAUAUAACCAGAAUUAAAAAUGAUGUUCAAGAUAAAGUUGUUUAUGAAUUCCAAGAAUUACCAUCUUCAUCCUUACCUUAUCCGCUAAUUAUUAUUCACUGUAAAACGGCAGAUAAGAUAAAUAGUGUCGAUAUAACUAUUCGAAACUUUUUGAUUGAGUAUUAUACCAACUGGUUGAAAUUAUUCGGCGAAGAAAAUGUUCCUGUUAAGGAGGAAGAGAUUGCUGAAUUAUUGGUCGAUAAUGUACGGCCUGCAACUCCAAGCAGUCCACUGAAGAGGUUUGAUAUUAGAUAUACCUUACAUGAUUGCGUAAUUGGUCUUAAUCCAGGCAAAUUGAGUUGCAAGAGUUACUUGGUCAUUGGCAAAGGAACUGCUGACGUCACUUUUGGUGUAGAUCAAUUCUAUAUCAAAUGCUCAUUCAGAAAUAUGUCUAUGUUAUUGAUUGAUGAUACUCAAUUUAUUGAUAGAUCUGAGUUUCAUAAAAGAUCAGAUAGGAACUCAAGGUUAUCUGUUUCAAAUUAUACAUCACCAUUGAAUUAUUACUUAGGUAUUGGAUAUGUGUCGGUCGCUGUUAUCAACUCUGCUCAUGUGGGUAUUACGUUUAAUACAGAUGUAAAUGCUAUUAUGAAGAGAAAUAAGAGAUUAGGGAUCCAUGACAAUUUAGCCUUACUAGACCUUAAGCUUAAUUUGGAUGAGCUUCAAGUUGAUCUAUGUGCUGAUUCAACACAUGUAUUAUUGCAGUUAAUAAAUGAUUUGAAAUUACCAUUAAAUUUCAAAGAUGAAGAAAAAAUGAAAGUUAAAGUUGAUAAACCAAUAAACUUAUUACAAAGUAUAGAUGAAGAUGAAUUCCAAACCUUCUGCAAGACUUCAAAAGUAAUCAAUGGUCAUAAUGGUUCUGUAGAAACCAUAACAAAUGAUCUAGGUGAAAUAAAUAUUGAGAAUCUGAGUCUCAGCUUUAAAGAGGAUCAUUUCACUAAAGAUAUAAAGAAGCAGAGUGAUAGUUUCAAUGUUGAUCCUAUUAGAGUCAAUGUAAAUCUAUCCAAAACCAAAAUAUACUUGUAUGAUGGUUAUGACUGGAGAGAAACAAGGAGAGCUAUUAAAGGUGCUGUCAAAAGAGUCGGAGAGCAAGCAAAAGUAGAGAGAAAGAAAAAACAACGAACUCAAACUUCUCAACAGGGAGAUCCAGAUACGAAAAACAAUGUAAGGCCUCAUGAAACAUUAUUUCAAUCUAUUCAUGUUUCAUUACCUAAAGGUUCAAGUCCUAGUGAAUUGACUGACAACAUCAAUAAAGGAAUGCAGCUUAACAAUAUGACACAAACGGAUGAAGAAUCUAUAAAAUCACAAGUUAAUGUUGACUUAGGUAAAAAUUACAAGAACUUGAAAGUACGUCGUUCAAAUGUUCAUAAAAUCUUAGUUGAUUUAAAGAAUAUUGAAGUCAAUUUGGUGGUAUUUUCAACUCGUGAUCCUAGGAAAGAUGAAACUAAUCAUAAAUUGGAUUAUGAGCUUUUGAACUCAGUUGAAGUGAGACUUGGUACAAUUGACAUUUACGAUAAUGUGGCUACUUCGACUUGGAAUAAAUUUUUGAGUUAUAUGAAUAUUUUAGGUGAAAGAGAAAUAGGAACUAGCAUGCUUACAUUGUCUAUCACUAAUGUGAGACCGGAUCCAUCUUUAGUUUCAGGAGAAGCUUUAAUGAAAGUGUCAGUAUUGCCUAUAAGGUUGCAUAUAGAUCAAGAUACUCUUGAUUUUUUGACUAGAUUUUUGCUGUUUAGAGAUUCUAGAUUUAAUUUACCUUUAGAUGAAAUUGUUUAUAUUCAAAGGUUUGAAAUGAGUUCAAUUAAAUUAAAGAUUGAUUAUAAGCCUAAAAAGAUUGACUAUGCUGGAAUCAGAUCUGGUAAUACUUCUGAGUUUGUUAAUUUCUUUGUUUUAGAUGGUUCUACAAUUACGUUAGAAAAAGUUAUUCUUCAUGGUAUUCUUGGAUUCCCCAAAUUAGGAGAAGAAUUAGGUACAGCUUGGGCUCCAAACAUUCAACAAACCCAAAUCGCUGGUAUAUUAGCUGGUUUAUCACCUAUUAGAUCAAUUGUAAACAUUGGAGGAGGAGUUAAAGAUUUGAUUGCAAUUCCUAUCAGUGAGUAUAAGAAGGAUGGUAGAUUAAUAAGAAGUUUACAAAAAGGUACGACGCUAUUUGCAAAGACUACUGGUUAUGAAAUUUUGAAUUUAGGAGCUAAGUUGGCAUCAGGUACCCAAGUUUUAUUAGAACAGGGUGAAGAAUUCUUUGGGGGUGAAGGUUCAUCGGCAAGACUGCCAUCUUCACAUAAAAAGAAAGAUCAAAGAAGCAAUGUAUCGUCCUCUUCAUCUUCUUCGAAAGGUGAAUCUCAAUCUUCGAGAACUAAAAAGAAGCCAAUAUGGAUUAGUGAUAAUCAAUUACUUGCCAGAUCACAUUUAUUGACUCAAAGUACAAGGUUUGAAAGGGAUCAAUACGGAAGUAAAAAGAAGUAUUCAUAUUACGAUAUAGAUGAUGAUGAAGAUGAUGACGAAGAUGAUGAAGAUGAAUUUGAAGAAAAUGAAUUAUUACUGCGUUCAUUGUUUGUUUUAGAAGAACCUGAAAAGUUGAAACAAAGUCUCCGUAAAAUUAAAGAUUCUAAUAAUAAAACAAAAGGUCAAGAUAAGGAUGAUGAUGAUGAUGAUGAUGAUAAUGCUGACGAUGAUGACAAUAGAGAUGAUUUUGAAGAGAUUGAUGAGAAAUUGAUCAGUUUAUAUUCGAAUCAACCGGAAUCUGCAAGAGAAGGGUUAGCAUUGGCUUACAAGUCAUUAGGAAAGAAUUUAAAUCUUACUAAGAAACAAAUUAUUAAUCUUAAGAAUGAGUUAAAUGAAACUGAUAAUUUCCAAGAUGCAUUUAUAACAGUUUUAAAGUCAUCCCCAGUAAUAUUAAUUAGACCAAUAAUUGGUACUACUGAAGCCAUUUCCAAAACAUUAAUGGGUAUUGGAAAUGAGAUUGAUUCUAAGCAUAUGAUAGAAUCAAAGGAUAAGUAUAGAUAUAAAACAAAAAACGAUGAUAAUGAAUAAAAGGUCUAGAUUUUUAUUUAUUGUUUUGGUAAAAUUUUUUAUAUGUAUAAUAAACGAAUAUAUAUUAAGGGGC